AUGCAGUAUUGCUGGCUUCCACAGGAGCGACGCGAGCCCAUUUGCCGGGAAAAGCCACCAGUGGUUAUCUCCAAUAAGCGAUUCCAGCGCAUCCGUGCCCAUGCCACGCAGGCAGCCAAACAGGAGCAACUGCAUCAGCAGCAGCUUCGUGCAGAGGCGGAUGAGCAACUGCGCAUUGGAGGCGAGGAGCUGCUUCGCAAAUUCGCCGGUCGCAAUCUCUGCAUCUCACGGGAGGAGCAGUGCGCCCGGGAACUGAAGCAACUGCAGGCGGAGCAACUGGAGGCCAAGCGCCUGGCGGAGGAGGAAAGCAAGGCCGCUCGCCUGGAGCAUCAGAAGACCAGGAAGAAGCGCAUCGAGGCGGCCCAGAAACUUCUGGAGCAACUGCGUCCUGGUCCGCGGGAAUUGCAGUGCGCCCGUCUGCAGAGUGAAGUUAUGCGUAGUGUCAAUGUGCAACGCGAAGUGCAGGCGGAAUUCGCCAGGGCCAACCAGCAGCAGAAGGAGCUGGACAGGAAGAUCUUCCAGGAGCAAGUGCUUCGGGGCUUUGAGGAGGCCCAACAGCGCCACAAGGAGCAGUGUCAACAGCUAAGUGAGCAUAAAAAGGAGUUGUUGCACUUGAUUGCAGAGAGGGAAAGGGAACGACAGGCCACCAAAGCCCAGGAAUUGGAGGAGGCGCUCAAGGAGCGGGCACGUAAUGAGCGCAUGAUGAAGGAUCAGCAGGCCAAAGAGCAGGAGCUGCAGGCCGCCAAGCAGCGCCAGAAAAAAGACGAGGCACUGGCCUCCUUGGUCAUGUCCUCGCAGCGCCACAAGCGACUCCAGAUGCUCGAGGAAAUGGAGCAAGUGCGUUGCGAUAUCCACAACAAGGCCAAGGGACACCUGGAGCAGCUGAAACGGAACCGAGCCAAGGAGCGAGUGGAACAACGCAUCAGGCGAAACGAACAACUGGCCAGGGAACUGGCUCCGCGACUGCACUACAGUGCUCGUGAGGAUGAGGAGCGUCAUAAGCGACAGCUGGAAGAGAUGCGAAAGGUUCACAGUGCCGAGCAGGCCAAGUGGAGGAAGUCCAAGGAGCAGGUCAAGAACGCCCGUUUGGCUGUGCAAAAAGAAGAGGAGCAGCUGGCCAGGAAGAGCAGGCAAAAAGCGGAGGAGGAUCGCAAGGUGGCGGAGGAACUGCGUCUUCAAAACGAUCUAACCAAUGUCCAGUUUAAGCGGCAGCAACGGGAGGAGCACAUUCAGAGGAUAAGGAAACUCCGCCAGGAUCUGGACGAACAGGUUAAGCAACGCACCGAGGAGGAGACGCGUCCAGGCACCAACUACAACCGGGAGGCCCAGUUGGAGGAACUUCGCGAGGAUGCCUUCUUCUUCGACUACGCUCGCCAGCUGAUGGAUGAAGCCCAGGCCAAAGGAUGUCCCCUAAAGCCAUUCAUUCGCGCUGUUGGCCAGUACAAAAACGAUAAUCGGAUAGGAGCCGAGAUACGGAUUCCCCGGCACAUGGUCACUCGACUGCCCAUGGGCAGGAGAACUCAAGGAGACAGCCAGGCAGAGGGAAAGAAAGGAUCCUCGCAUAAGCAGGAACCCAAUUCCGAGGAGUUGGGCAAAGAGGAGAGGCUUUUGGGUCAGCGAAUCCAGGAGAACCUCAAGAAAAUCGAGGCCUUGGUUUUACAGGAGGGCAAGGAUAAAGAUGAACAAAAGGAUUCCAAGAAAUAG